AUGGAGGAAACAAGUCAUUCAUGUGCAAAUGAGGGGAAUAAAAGAAAAUCUAAAGUGUUUUGUGUCGCUGGAGGGCCAAAUAAAAAGUCCUGCACAAAUAGUGGUGAUACACCAGGCAUUAGUAUGCAUUGUUUUCCGACAGAUCCGUCUGUACGAAAGCAAUGGAUACGGUUUGUUCGAAGGCAUCGAUGUGAUUUCGACCCCACAAAAUAUUCGUCAAGAAUAUGGUUGUGUUCAGCGCAUUUUGAUGAGAGCUGCUUCUCAAAGCGUUUCGCAAACAAUCUUGAAGGCUUCGAUAACAGUAACACAAAGCGUUUCUUGAUACGCGGCUCAGUACCAACGGUUGAUGCUGUGAAAGGUGGAGAAGAUAGUAUCUCUGGAAAAGAGAAGAGACUUGUAAGUAUAUUUCACAAUAAUUUUUCUUCUGCAAUUUGGACUUACAUAUAAACUACUCCGCUUGUAUAAAUUGAUCUUUUGAAAUGUAUCUUCAUAACAUAAUCUACAUUCUGUAAAUUCGUCCAUAUAUUAUAUAUUCUCGAAGCACAACAUGUUACUUCACAGAAAGGAUAACAUGCUACUUUAUAGAAAGUGUGUCAUGAUUUGUGUGUGAGGUUGUGUGAACACGUAUGUGACUUGAUAGUAUUUUGUAUGCCAUUUUAAUCAUAAUUAACAUUUUAUAAAUUCUGUUUUGUAGUUGAUGCGUGAAGCUACCCGAGAAUAUUUGCCUGCCCCUCCAACAAAACAAAGAAAAUUGGCUUUUGCUGGCACACAAGGGGAUUGUGUUGAUGAUUUGUCUGGUGGUGCUGGUGAUUUAUCUAGUGGUGUUGGUGAUUUGUCUGGUG